AUGCGGGUCCGCGGGGCUAAUGAGACCCUCAAGGAACUGGAAAAAGUCCGGACGGAACUUAAUGCUGCCGUCGACCCUCUCGAUCAGAGAACCCACGAGCUACGCAAAGGGUUCUGCUCUCUAGUCGAAGAUGUCUUAUUCCACGAUUUGGAGUUUGCGAUUAGUCGCAAACUCGAACAGGACUUGUGGAAUGUUGGAUUCCGAUCCGCCAUAACCACGAUACAGAAAGAUAACAGUGCAGACAGGAGUCUGAGACUGGGCCUGAUGAUCGAUAUGUCGGCUUCCUAUUUCCUCCAGCUCUUGCAGAAACUGGUCAAUCGUUAUCGAGUCUCCGAAGUCAAGGCGAUGCCGAGUCCCGACACGUUAGGUGUCUUGGACGUGCGUGAGAAUACGACGCUUCCGGAAGAAGUCCGAAUCACGAAGCGCUCACGAGUGCUCUCCAUCUGUCAGUACUGCUUACUUCAUCUCGGCGAUCUGUCCCGGUACAAGAAGGACAUGCCCGUCGCGGAAAGCUACUACCGGCGGGCUGCCGACUUCGACCAUCGCAACGGGCAUCCCUACAACCAGCUCGGCUUACUCGAAGGAGCAAAAGGAAAUCGAUUGUCGACUGUAUUCUUUUAUGUGCGCAGCCUCUCUGUCGUUCAACCAUUCGUGGUGGCCAUUUCCAACCUGGAGAAGAUCUACGUUAACAUCAUCCAAGACGAAAGCUCACCCGUGAAGGAUCGCAUGAACGCUACGGAGACGAUAUCUGCGUUCUUGCAUUUCAUAGCCUUAGUUCACAUGAAUCAACAAUUGGAUAUCGCGGCGGAGAUUCUCCCGAAGCUCAUGGACUCGCUACUGAGAUUGUCGUGCUCGAAGAAAAUUGACGAGAAAAAGCUUCUGAUGAUGACCACGAUCGGCCUGUUCACUUACAACCGGAGCUCGAAGCAUCUGGCGACGGAAAAAGGCUCGGAAGAGAGCUCUCGAUUGAUGAGCGAGUUCGUCGUCAGUUUCUUCCGGGGGGCGUUGUUGGCCACUCUGCAGAACAGCGGGGAAAGUGGUUGUCCAACGACGUCCACGAUCUUAGUCCUCCUGGAGUCGUUGCUCUCGAAUCCCAAGAGCGUCUCAACGGAUCCGUGCAAAGAUCUCUGGUUCGUGCUCCGUACGGUGCUGAACUCGUUCAAUAAACAACUGAAGACCGAGUGGAAGAACGAGGCUCUACCGGAAGAUAUCGAGCUACGGGGUUUCCUCCCUCUCAGACAUGUGCAGUCCCGUAUCGAUUUCAACGAAAACGACAAGAGGCCCGCGGAGCUCGUCGAGGAACUUCGUCGCAGCCGCUUCGUGAAACAGGGUAUCGAGCUGUGCAAACUGAAGUUCAUCGAUGGCACGAACAUAUUGAGGUUCGAGGAAAACGAGUUCCAUGCGCAGCCGGUCUCAACGACAGAUUUGAGCCUCAGCCUGGAGUUGGAACGACUGAAAAUGGGCGACGAGUCCAGACCUGCCGUUCGCUUCAGCGUCAACGACGAAAUAUCGAAAGAGAAACCUAAACGGCAAAACGUCGCGCUACAAGCCAUCAUGCAGCAACAGGAGCGCUUCCCUCCGACCAACGAGGGGAUAUUCUCCCCGAGCCCCAUGGCGUUUCAGCAUUCUCACGCAACAGUUCAGUAUGGGCCCCGUUGGGGCUAUAACCUGCCGGUUGCUCAGCCCCUUCCCCCGCCGCCGCCGCCUCCUCCACCCCAAUCCCUACAGCCGGCGGCCGGUGCGGCAGCUCUUCCGCAUCCGCCCGGACCCUAUCCACUGACGAUAGAGGAACUAGUUAAACAACCCCCGCCACCCAUCUACAAUGUCGAUAUACGUUACGUCACGCCUCCUCCGAGGGCCCCUCUCAGACCGGCGACCGAUCCUAGAACUUCUCAAGCUUCGGCCUUCGUGAGGCCAACGGGGACGUACUCCUUAUUCAGCGGGAAUUCAUGGAACCCCACGAUGUCGAUGGGUCCAGCUCCUCUGUUAGGACCUUCGAAUCAGCAGUUGAUGGGAAUCGGCUCCCUGACGGCUCCCAACGGUCUCGCUCCCAGACCGCAGAAGGGCUCUCUAUGGCGUCCGGAGAAACCAACCCAAGGAACUUCCGCUCUCGAAAGAUUGCUCAAAGAGAGAUGCGAGAAGGAAACCUGA